AGCUUUCCCAGUCAGUCUCCACAAUCACACUUUGGGCCAGAGAUUCUUGCAACAACAAAAUAAAACCUCCCAAAAAAAUUAUAAAACAUCCAAAUGAACCUUGUGCGGAGGCUCCGGGUGAGCCAGCUGGGAUCAUGGAUCACUACUUUUCGGCCAUACUCCGGCAAGGACAAGGACAAGGAUAAGUCCAAGCCUGAUCCCAAGAACAAGCCCAAGACGGUUCCCAAGACCGAGCCCAAGAAGGAUCUUCCAAAGGCUCAGGUUAAGACGCAGGAUAAAGACAAGGCCAAGGGCAAGGCAAAUGACAAGGGCAAUAACAAGGGCAACAACAAGGGCACUGACAAAGGCAAGGACAAGGGCCAGGGCAAGGGCGAAGACGAAUUUGGCGAGGCUGAUGGGUUUCCAAAAGACACCAACAAGGUGACCUUGAUCAAUGGCGAAGGCGUGGGUCCUGAACUCAUGAGCGCCGUCCAGGAAGUGUUUAAAGCCGCCAAGGCCCCCAUCGAGUGGGAAGUCCAUGACGACUUCCAGGUUUCACCAGAUAAUGAGGAUGUGUCGCCGGCGGUACUCGAAAGUCUGCGCAAGAACCGAGUGGGUCUUAAGGGACCUGUGGAAAGCCGGCACUGGCAGCGUCACAUCCGGAAGCAGUUCAACCAGUUCGCCUAUGUUUCGGCCUGUAAAAGUAUCGAGGGCUUGAACUCGCCCUACGGCGAGUUCGACAUGUUGAUCAUCCGGGACCAAAUGGAGGGAGACUACUCGGGCAUCGAGCAUCGUGUCGUGCCCGGAGUGAUGCAGACCAUUAAGGUGUGCACCACCAAUGGAGCCCAGCGACUCGCCCGCUACGUGUUCCUCUAUGCGACGCGGAACAAUCGCAAGAAGAUCACGGUGGCACACAAGGCUAACAUUAUGCGCAUGACGGAUGGUAACUUCCUGGACGCGAUGCAACGUCAGGGCGACAGCUAUAAGCAAAAGAUCAAGUUCGAGGAUCGUUACCUGGAUACUGUUUGCCUGAAUAUGCUGAUGAAACCGGAUCAGGCCGAUGUGCUCACCUCCUCCAGUAUGUACGGCGACGUGAUGCGAGUGAUUGCUGGGGGCAUGAUGGGAGCAGUGGGCAUCUGUCCCGGUUUCUCCGUAAGCCCAUUGGGCACCGUCUUUGACUGCCGGAUGAAAUCAAAUCUGGCCAAUCCCACGGGCCCCCUGCUCGCCUCUGUCCUAAUGCUGCGCCACAUAAAGCAGGAUAAGUUCGCGGAUCGCAUCGAGUGCGCUAUAAGAAAAGUUUUCCGGGACACGGACAUUCGCACCAAGGAUAUGGGCGGUACGGCCACGGUUUCAGAGUUCGUCGAGGCCGUGUGUGACGGCUUGGAAGAUAAUUAAGCGUUGUAUUUGAGGGUAAGGGAGAUAUAUCCAAAUUCAAAAUUUAAGUUGGAGACAUUGGAAGACAUCAAAUUUACGUUGAAUUAGAACUUGAUUAUUACUUUGGAAAUUGUAUAAUGUUAUAAUAAAACUAACAUCCCUAUA